AUGAAGGAGAUUACUGACUUGGUCGAUCCCAGGAUCAUGUUCAAGCAUCAAUCCCUUUUGCAGGAUUAUCACGAGUUGAGAAAGGGAACAGAGUAUAAGAUGAGGAAACUGGAGGUGAUGAAGCAAAAACGAUCGGCCCUUGAUGCACAAGUUAGGUUCUUGAGACGCAGAUACAAACACUUGAAGCAAGACCAAACUCUUGAAACAUCUCCCGACACGCUGAGAUUGUCCGAAUCUGGAGGAGAUGUGAAGGUAACAACAAGUGGCAAAAGAAAGAAGCACUCUGGUCCAUGGUUUGAUUUGAAGCGCAAGGAUACAGUUUGCAAUGACAAUAAUGCAAGGAGCAGAGGAAACGAGGUUUUAACUCCACUUCCUGAUCUUAACGACAACACUCUGGUGGUCAGCAGCAAAGUCUCGGGCUUUGACCUAAACCUGGUCUCGAGAGAAGAAGAAGAGGAGCCGGAAGGGAAUGGUGAAGCAACAAAGAAAGUAAUGCUUGGUAAUGGAAUCGAUUGCGAGAUGAAGUUGCCGAUUUGCAGAGACGUGGGGAAAGAGAUUAGUAGAGCAGUGAAGAGGAAGGUGUCAUGGCAAGAUCCAGUGGCUCUAAGGGUUUGA